AUGAUCAACAGACCGCCUGUUGAAAGUCCCACAUCUUACGGAAAUGCUACAUCCUUCUGGGUCGAAUAUCCGUCUGGACUGGUCGAUUUAACACGGUCGAGCCCUCUGGUAUCCCAGGCGAGCGCCAGCGUUGUACAACCGCCAUUGACUGAUGCCCAUUUGGAAGUUCCCGUCGAUGGGGGUCGUAUAGUCAGGGUCGAUAAGACGAAAGCCGCAUUCGUGAUUAUCGACAUGCAGAAUUAUUUCCUCCACCCGGACAUGAGGGAUCAUCCCACUGGCCUAGCCUGUGUCGAGCCCCUUCUCAAGGCUGUACCCGCGCUCCGUUCUCAAGGGGUCAAGACCUUGUGGGUGAAUUGGGGUCUGACGGAACAUGAAUUGUCGACCAUACCCCCGUCCCUCGUCCGCAGUUUCAUGAAAAAUGGCAGGGGUGGAUUUGGUUCUGACAUUCCCGGGAACUGGGGCAGGCUUCUUAUGCGAGGCGAGCGGAACGCUGACCUUUACGGACCUCUCCAAGAUGAAUACCUUAAGGGUAAGGAUUUGGGUUCUGAUAUGUGGAUCCAUAAGAAUAGGAUGAGCGGGAUAUGGGGAUACCAAACAUCGUUGGACUUAUAUUUGGAGCAGGCUGGGAUCACGACGUUAUUUUUCGCCGGAGUCAACGCUGACCAGUGUGUGUUGGGCACCAUCGUCGACGCUUACUAUCGCGGAUACGAUGUGAUUUUGGUAGAAGACGCUGUUGCCACCACAUCUCCUGCUGGCGGCCUCGAGAAUGUAGUUCACAAUAUUGGCAACGUGGGUCGCUGUAUAUAUGUAACCUCCCUGCUCUAA